GUGGAUUUGAAGGCUAUUCUGAAAUGGAACCGGAAAAAGUAAAUAAAAAAUAUUUGGAUGAACGAACAAAUUUUGCGGAGAAUAGAGGAGAUAAUAGAAUUAAGCUAAGAAUACUUAAAAAUGGAAAACCUAUCAACAAUGUUUUUAUUGGAGAAAAAUUGUUGGCAGUUGUAGAGAGUAAUAGUGCUAUAAAUCGAAACUUCCGUGUAUCCGAAUGCAACGCUACUCGUGUAUUACCACCAAUAACUGAUGAUAAAAUAUCAGAACAAAUUCAAGAAUAUUCUGGUCCCUCAAUUCCCUUGUUGGAUUCAAAUGGUUGCUCAUUACACCCACAAAUAAUAGGAAAUAUGCGUCGGGUGGGGGACCAUUUAGAGGCUACUUUGACUGCUUUUAGAAUUGAUGGAGGAAGUGAAUUGGAAAUAAUUUGUUCAGUAAUUAUUUGUCGUUCUCAAUGCAAAACUGUUAAAUGUUCAAGGAAAGAUACUUCGGAAGAAUCAACUUUUUUAAUUGAAAAUGAGGCUAAUUUUAAUUCAAAAGAAUUUUUAAAUAUUGGAGACACCCUUCAACACCGUUUAGAAAAAAGGGACACGGAGGAGCAUUUAAAUGAAGCCGAUAAAAUUACUGUGGAUAAAAGAAUUCGUGUUCUGGUUAUGAAAGAAGAGAAUAAUCCAAUAUCCAAAGACAAAGAGAAGGAAAACAAGGAAAAAGUUGAGGAAGAAAAUGAUGAAAAUGAGGAAAUUGAUUUGGGUUUAAAGGGGAAUCGUUUAGUUGAAGAAUCAUCAAAAAAUGAGGAUUUGGAUAAUUUAAACGAUAAAGAAUUUGUCAGUUCAACAUUGCAAGAUUUUGAAAUUACAAAUGAUGAAGAACAAACUGAGGGUAUACUCGAACCCUUUAUAAUUUUAUUCUCCAUAGCAAUAUUACUAAUUCUGUCUGGAGCAUUAUUUGCUACAACACUAAUUAAUUGGCUCCAUAAAAGAAGGACUAGGUCUAAUAAAUAUACAAAUUCUGAAAGAAAUUAUUUUUACCCUUCUAGUAAUGAAAUUGGAAGUCAGUAUUUUUACAUUCCUCGAAUUCAGAAAGAUUUUAGCUUAACUUGA